AUCUCCCUCCCUCUCUUUCAGCGAGAGAGUGUGUGUGAGAGAGAGAGAGAGAGAGAGAACUAUGGUUUCAUAAUACCAUAGGGGCUAGUGCCUUAUACUGUUUACCUCUUUUUAUUUUUUAACCUUCCUGUUUGCACUUUGGGAAAUUGCAAGAUGUAGAAUCCCAUAUGUUCUGAUUUUUGCAUUUUACAGGAGCUGAUAUUAAUAUGAAAACUGAUGGUGGUCGCACUGCCCUUCACUAUGCUGCCAGUAAGGGAUGGAUGAAGAUUGCUGAAAUUUUGAUCUCUCAAGGGGCAAAGAUUAAUCUGAAGGACAAGGUUGGUUGCACCCCAUUGCAUCGGGCAGCUAGCACAGGGAACUCAGAAGUGUGUGAACUUUUAAUUGAGGAAGGAGCAGAGGUUGAUGCUGUUGAUAAAGCUGGUCAAACUCCUCUUAUGAAUGCAGUUAUUUGCUAUGACAAAGAGGUAGCUCUACUUUUAAUAAGGCAUGGAGCAGAUGUUGAUGUGGAAGACAAGGAAGGAUACACUGUGCUUGGUCGAGCUUCAGCUGAUUUUAGGCCAAUUCUAAUUGACGCUGCCAAGGCCAUGCUAGAAGGAUAAACUUCAGAAUAAUUAGCAGAUUAGAAGGGGGAAUCCUUAGGUGAGGCUGAAGUGUGCUUUGUUGAAGAAUUGUACUGUGAUUAAAUUCCUAUUAAGUCAUGUAAAGUGUGAAAUUUACUGUACAGACAUGUAAACAAUCAUCAUCAUAGUCAUCAAGAGCCUAUAGAGACAAUUGAAGGAUCUAUAAAAUUUUCUUGAUUUAAUCAUAA